AUGGAUGUAUUUAAAUUUUUUCCAAAGAUACUUUCUUUACCAAAGACUUUUAAUCCUUUCGGAAGCUAUCAAGUUACUGUCAAUAAAUCAUGGGAAAAGCGAAAAUAUAUUUAUUCUUCCAUUGGAAGUUCCUUCGAAUCAAAUAUAUCUUCUUACAUAUCCAAUUAUGACGAUCUACUUUUAAUUGAUGAUUUCUCUUCGUCGGCUAUUUCGGUGGAUUCAUCUCGGCCCACAUUUUCUAAACCGAGACGCCCAUCCAGAAGAAAUAAUCACAUUCAUUCUUUGUGUGAUUUAUAUUGUUAUCAAACAGUAUGGGAACUGAUCACCUCCCCUCAAUUAAAAAAUCUUUCUGAAGCGGAUCCUGAAUACACCAAGAUCAAAAACGAUUUCAUGAGUUAUAUGAGACACGUCAAAGUUAUCUCGAUAAUUCGAAUCCGAUUAUCUAAAGAACGCACAAUGAGGUAUUUAAAUCUGAGAAAGGAGAUGGCAAGAAGUUGCUUGAAAGAAGGAAAAAUUGGGCGAACGAGAUAUGACAGCACAUAUUUUGGAGAUAUAACAAGGAGGGUUUAUCAUGGGACAAGGGCUACAUGUGACCCUGAUAGAGUUUUGCAGCGCGGAUGUUGUAAAGAUAAACGUUGCGGGAUGUGUGGAAUUAUCCAGUACGGAAUUAAAUCCAAAUUUUCAAAAUUCGGUAGAAAAAUGUGGUUUUCAAAAAAACCUUCAAUCGCUUCUAUAUUCUCCUUUAACAAAACUAACUCGCGAGAAUACUUUAGUACGAUGUUUAUCGUCGACGUUUUGGAGAUUAAUAGCGAUGAUUCUGACGUGAUGUUUGCUACUCUACCUAGAUUCUUAAUACUUUACGAACAUUAA